AUGAGGAGACUGGAAUUGGGGAGAGUUUCACGUGUUCCAACUUUGCUGAUUUGUGAAGAGACCAUUCUUUAUGAGGUCUCGGCCACAGAUGCUGACAGUGGAAGCUUUGGUGCCAUCACUUAUUCUAUCGGCUCUGGGAUUGGCAGCUUGGCUCCUGUUCAGUUCAGUAUCGACCAAUACACUGGCAGAAUCUGCACCACAAGCCAACUGGAUCGAGAUGAGGGGCCCAAUCACUAUGAAUUCACAGUGACAGCAAUUGAUGGGGGUGGCCUGAAGUCAGUGGCCUAUGUGAAAGUUUACUUGGAUGAUAUCAAUGAUAACAGGCCAGUGUUCUACCCAGUCCAGUAUGCAGCCAGUGUCAGCACACAGAGCUUACCGGGAACUGCUGUACUCAGAGUGUCUGCUUUUGACAAGGAUGUUGGACAGAAUGGAAAAGUGACCUAUCGGAUUGUGUCAGGAAACCUACUGUCAUUAUUCACACUGAACAGGGACACAGGUGUCCUAUCCCUUGUUGCUCAUGUACAUGACAGAGCAGGUACUGUCCAGCAACUGGUCAUCUCUGCCCGAGAUGCAGGAGGUCUCACAUCGUUGGUCAAUGCCAUGGUGAACAUCAGCAUUGUUUCGGGUACUGUCUCACCACCACUCUUUGAACAAGCUCAAUAUUUCUUCACCAUCCCUGAAGAUGUGAGGAGAGGGUCCCAUAUUGGCUCUGUCAGGGCCAUAAACUCCCCAGGUCAUUCAGACUCUAUCUCCUAUACGAUUUCCUCUGGAGAUCCCAAUGGUUACUUUGCAAUUGGUGUUAGCUCGGGUUUGAUCCAGACCAGCAUUCCGUUGGACCAUGAAUCUCAUCCUGUCGUGAUUCUGGAUGUUCAGGCGAGCAGUGGUUCCCCUCCUGCCUAUAGCAGUACCAAGGUCAAGAUCACAAUAUCUGACAUCAACGAUAACACACCAACGUUCCCCACCUCAUCUGAAUCAAUUCUGGUCCCGGAGAACACAGAGAUCGGUUCUGUCAUCUACACCGUACACGCAGAUGAUCAGGACAGCGGAGCCAAUGGUCAGGUUCAGUUUGACAUUGUUUCCAAUGAAGACAAGACAUUCAGUAUUGACCGAACGUCUGGGAAGCUGCGUGUGAUCGGAUCUUUGAGCUUUGAAACACUCCCACGCUAUGACCUGAAAAUUGUGGCGAAAGAUAGUGGGGCUCCACAGCUCAGCUCCACCUUCACAUUAAUUAUUCACAUUCAGGACGAGAGCGACAAUGCCCCAAUCUUCGAUACCUUGACCUAUAGAGUUGAAGUGAAAGAAGGGACAGCUAUUAACACUCGGUUUCUCCAGGUCCGAGCCCUGAGUCAGGACAGCAGAGACAACCACAUCACUUACUACCUGCGGACUGAUGGUGACUCAGCCAACUUUGGAAUCCUCCCUGAAAGUGGCUGGUUGUACGUGAAAAGUGCCCUUGACCGUGAAAACAAAGACCUGUUUAGUCUGACUGUUGUGGCUUCGAGUAGUGAGGGCGACCAGAGGAAAACAGGGACUGCCAUGGUCCGAGUCUGUAUCACUGAUGAGAAUGACAAUGCACCAAAACUCAGUGAGGACCAGUAUUUCUUCACCAUCCAGGAGAACAUACCACCUUCAUCAUCCAUUGGACGCAUCCUAGCAACUGAUCGUGACCAUGGGAUUAACAGCAAGCUGACCUAUAGGCUCUUCCCAGCACAUUCCAGCUUUCAGAUCAACUCACUCACCGGGGAGAUCAGCUCAAGAGUUACGUUUGACCGAGAGCUUCAGGCCAGUCACCAGGUAACUGUGCUGGUUCAGGAUAGUGGGACUCCUCCUCGCAGUGUCACUGGAUCGGUCUAUGUCAUGGUUUUAGAUGAGAAUGAUAGUUCACCCACCUUCAGCAAUGUGCCGAUGGGAAAGGAGCUGAUUGUUCAGGUUAUUGAAGGAAAUCAGCCAGGAAAUCUGGUGACAACUUUACAGGCAAAGGAUGCUGAUGAGGGAGAGAAUGGCACUGUGAUUUACUCACUCGCAGGACCCUGGGCCCAGCUUUUCUCUCUUCACCCAACCUCUGGUGAACUCCGGACAGCCACAGUGUUGUACAGGCUCGAGAGACAUGAGUACGAGUUGACAGCUCUGGCCAGUGACCGUGGGCAUCCACCCCAGACCACGUCGCUCGCUAUCCAUGUCCAGGUACUGAGCUCAGCCAACAGCCUGCCUCAGUCUGGCAGCAACUCAUUUACCUUCAGUUCUAUGGAAGGGAAGGCCCCAGGCUCUAUCAUUGGUUCAGUGGUCUCCCAGGAUCAAUCGAGUCGUGCCAAUGGGCAGGUGACAUAUACCCUGGUGGGUGGAACAGACGUGGAUGGGAGAUUUGUUGUGGACAGAUUCACAGGUAAAAUUUACUUGGCCCAGGAGCUGGAUUACGAAUUGGGAUCACAUUACCAACUGGAGAUUGCAGUUGAUGACCUGAGUACAGCUCUCCCCCAUAGCACUCUCGCCAUCGUCGACAUCAAUAUUGAGGAUCGCAAUGAAUAUGCACCACAGUUUGCUGAGGACCCCAUCACUCUAGUCAUCAAUGAGAAUGCAGCAGUUGGUACCUCCAUCUACACCUUCCAGGCAGUUGAUAAAGAUGGAAGUGGUCCCAACAGCCAGGUCCAAUACACUCUCCUCCAGCAAACACCCCCUGGGAACUUCCUCCACAUUGACUCCAUGACCGGAACACUGACAGCAGCAGCAGUUAUUGACCGGGAGACCACUCCAUUCUUCCUGCUGGUGGUACAAGCCAUGGACCAAACAGUGGAGAGAUCCCAGCGGAAAUCCUCAGCUGUAACAGUCCGUGUUUUUGUGACUGAUGAAAAUGACAAUGAGCCCCAGUUCCUGUCUCCAUCAGUGCUCCAGGUCAUGGAGGACCAGCCCAUUAGUAAUAUCAUCUCUUACAUCGUUGCCCAGGAUGCUGACCUGGGAGAGAACAGCAGGCUCAGUUACCGGAUCAAAUCUGGAUUGGGGGCUAACAAGUUACGACUCAAUCCAACAACAGGGGCUUUGUCCAUUGUGAAAGAGCUGGAUUGCGAAGAGCAGAGUUGGAUUAACCUGACGAUUGAGGCCUCAGAUCAUGGAACAUUCCGGCGUUCAGCCAUCCAGCUGCUCCACAUUCAGUUGAUUGAUGUCAACGAUGAGGUACCAACAUUUGAUAAGAAACUUUACGAAGCCAGUGUCCUGGAGAAUCAAGCAGCUGGCACCCAGGUCAUUAAGAUACACGCCACCGACAGAGACCAAGGUUUAAAUGGUCUCCUGAGGUAUGGAGGGCUGGUGGAUGACAGCUUCUCCAUUGACCCAGUGACCGGUGUCAUAACAACCAGCCAAUCCUUAGACAGAGAGCAACAGGAUCACUACCAACUCACAGUUUAUGCUAAAGAUAGUGGGAGCCCCCCCAAUGUUGCCACGGUGACAGUUUCCAUCAAGAUUGAAGAUGAGAAUGACAACAAGCCUAUGUUUGAGAAGGAUGUGUACGAGCUGCAAGUUCCAGAAAACCAGGAGCGAGUCCCACUCUUCACAAUGAAGGCAACCGAUAAGGAUGCAGGGGAGAACGGAUGUGUGCAAUAUGAGAUCAUUGAGGGAGAUGCGAGUGGUCAUUUUCAGAUUGACAGGAAUACUGGGGUUCUGUCCACAAACAGUGGCCUCGACAGAGAAUCAGUUCCAUUUUAUACUUUAACUAUUCUGGCUGAGGACGGUGGGACCCCACAGGCAAGUAGCACAGUAUCUGUCCAUGUUACUGUGCUGGAUAUCAAUGACAACACCCCCGCUUUUCCAGAAUCUUCCUACACCAUCGAGAUUGGAGAGGAUAGUGCAGUGGGCACAGUGCUUCUGAAAGUUUCUGCGACCGACGGUGACGAAGGAUCUAAUGGUGAUGUCUUGUAUUAUCUGAGCAGUGAGUCCCAGGGUAUGUUUCACAUUGACCAGGAGGGCAGGAUCAGCACUGUCAUGUCUCUGGACCGGGAGAAACAGCCCAGCUACACCUUCCUGGUUCGAGGUGUUGACUCAGCUCCCUCAGACCCCAGGAGCUGCACAGCACGGGUUGAAGUUAAUGUGAAGGAUGUUAAUGACCACUCUCCACAUUUCGUUAUCGAUCCACUCAUUGUAAACAUCUCCAAACACACAUCAGUCAAUCAUCUCGUGGCUACCAUGAAGGCAGAUGACAAAGACUUUGGUGCCAACGCCUCCAUAUUCUAUCGCUUCCUGAGGGCAGUUUCUGGGUUCACUAUCAAUUCUUUCACUGGGGAAAUUCGCCUGCUCUCCCCACUGUCUUCGAUGAGUCAGAGCGAGCGGACACUGUUUGUGGUUGCGACAGACCAGGGCUCCCCAGCUCUCUCCUCCACUGGAGUGGUCAUGAUCCACCUGAGGGAGGAACACAAUCCCGGCUUACGGUUCCGUCGCAGCAUCAGCAACAUCCCAUUGGCAGAGAACUCAGCAGCAGGUACAUCUGUUGUGAAGAUUGAGGCGCAGCAUCCUGAUGGUUCACACAGAGGAAUCUUCUACAGUAUCUUCAGUGGCAAUGAGAGAGAUGCCUUCACCAUUCAUUCCAAUACAGGUCGGCAAAGAACACAUGCACUCACACUGCCACUGGGGGGAUUGCCAGAGCUGUUUGGGAAUCCUUUAAAGGUCAGAUCUCAGGACCAGUAUGCUCUUGUGAGGAUUGAAGGUCAGAAUGGCAAGAUUUGGGAACCCUGGAUGAUGAGAGAUAAUGAAUGUUCAGUCAAAAUGAAAAUGGAGAAAAGCCAGGAGUGGCAAUAG